AAUCACAUAGCAGUAUUGAAGCAUUCGUGCGAAACUCAACGUCUUUAUUCUGUCACCUGCCAUGUCUAAACCUUCAUGCGGCCCUUGUUGCAAGGAUGGAAGCUCACUGGUGUAGCUGCGUGCUUGGAUUAUUCUGCCUUCUCUCUGACGUGAAUGCCUGGUCUGUUCCACGGGAUCCUUCACACACAUCGGUAGUAAGCUCUGAGUUCUCCUCUGAGAUAACAUGCUCCACCACGUUGUCCAAUCCGGGGGAAGUUUACUUAAGCAGACAUUUUCAAGGUGAAAGGAAUGUGGUGUCCCUGUCCUUGGAUAGCGAUUGGUCAAUCAACAAGAUGACAGCUGCAGGAUUUGAGGGCCGAAUUCACAUAACACCUUUUCACCACACCAUAAAAGGCCGUGGGUUUACUAUCAAGGUUACACAACUGCAGAUGGAAGACGCAGACUUGUAUUACUGCAGAUGGUUGUUUUUCAAUCCAGAUCGUUCCACAGGACGAACACUUCUCACCAAUGAGACCCUUAUCGCUGUCAGAGAUGUGAUAUGCAGUAAAAGUUUGGAAAUCACCUUGGUUGUUCUAAGUCUGACAGUAUUAUCUGCAACAGUGGUAGCGGGAGCAAUGAUUCUGAGACACAUAUACAAAAUUAGAAAGCACUUCAGACCUAGGAGGCGUUCAAAAGCAGCCAGAUCGAACAGGAUACAAAAUGUCUGCCAUCAGCAGCAGCAACAGUGGGAGGAUAAUUGUCUCUACAGUGCUGGAGACAUCAGACACAUAUGAGUUAUGUUUAAACUGUUUAUGAAUAAGCACUGGUGGUGUGCAGAAGAUCGUUUUUCACAGCCUGCAAAAAGUGUCACCACAUUUUGCUUCCUUUUGUAAGAUAUGUUUUGACAGCCUGUAAAUUUAAGAGAAACCACAUCCCGUCUUACAUGUGUGCUCUGUGUGAAAUGUACCGGUAAAUGAAAUUACUCGGGCAAGCAUUGUUUUCUUAUUCAUUUUCGAAUAGUCUACAUUACAUAACAACAAAC